GCGCGGUUCUGAAAAAUCAAACCGGACCAGUACAUGGUCUAACCUGUCCGAGACUGGGUUUGAUUCGUACACUAUUUUCAGUAACUAUUUGUAGCUGGAACUUGGAAGGAACCAGUACUAGAGAAGAGACGAGUAGAGAACGAAGAAUACGGACUUCUGCGGGGAAAUGGAGAAGCUGAAGUCUCUGCUUCCAGACGAGCUCAAGAGGAUGGUUUGGAACAGCACGGUGGAAAAUCUUCCGGCGGCGAGUUCUUCUCUUCUUGAGUUCCUCCUCAAUUUGCCGCAAUUUCACCAAAUGGUUAGAGAUUUGGCUGCUCCAGAGGACUCGCUGUGUGCGAAGAAUAAAGCCGCUGCUAUGGAAUUAAAGAAGAAGGGCAACCAAUGCUAUUCAAAUGGAGACUACGCUGCAGCGCUGGAUUGCUACUCUCAGGCGCUACGAGUUGCUCCGCAGGAAGCUGGUGACGGGGAUAAAAGUCUAGUUGCAGCAUUGUUUUUGAACAGAGCUUCAGUUUUCCAUAGACAAGGCCUACUAAAGGAGUGUCUACGAGACUGUAAUCGAGCACUUCAGAUUUCGCCUAGCUAUUCAAAGGCUUGGUAUAGGAGGGGCAAAGCAAAUGCUGCUUUGGGAAAUCGUCAGGAAGCAAUCCUAGACUUGGGGGUUGCGAAGGAUAUGGAGAUUUCGUUAGCUGGAAAGAGACAGAUAGAAUGUGAAUUAAACAUGAUUAUUAGCCAACGACAAUCUGCAAGCAGGAUAGUGGAUCAAUGUAGCCAGAUAAGUACGGGAGGAGCAGACGAGCCUUGCCAAAGUAGCCUUUCAUGCGUAACAACACAUGAUAAAGGAAGAGGGAUGGCUGCACAAUGUGAUAUUCCUCAAUCGUCCUUGAUUCAUAAGGAAGAACCAUAUGCCCUGGUUAUACUGAAGAGUUCCCGGGAAAGUCAUUGCCAUUACUGCUUGGGUGAACUACCAUUGGAUACAGUCCCUUGCCUAUCAUGUUCAAUCCCCUUGUACUGCUCCGAACGUUGUCGAGCACAAGCAGGAGGAGGAAGUCUUGUUAGGCAUCAAGAGGAACAGAGAGAUAAGUCUUAUGGUGACAGUCUAGAAAAGCAUGUUAUGGAGGUAACUUCACUCCAUAAUUCUACUACAGCUGUUGAGUGCUUCCCUGAGCAUAAACAUGAAUGUGGUGGUGUCCACUGGCCUGCAGUCCUUCCGCCGGAUGUUGUCUUGGCUGGCCGCAUACUAGCAAAGCAUCUUUCUCAAACUGGCAUUCUGAUGAACCCCGAAACUCUAAUUGUUUUGGGGUUCUCUCACAACUAUUCACUUAUUGCUCAAGGUACCAAAUUGGAGGUGCACAUAUAUGCUAGUGUCUUGCUGUGCUGUCUACAGCAUGCUCUUGGCUUUGAACUCCCAGUGAAUGCUAUCUAUUUGUCCCAGACUGUCAUACUUCUAUCACAAAUCAGGGUGAAUGCUAUGGCAAUUAUUCAUAUGAAAUCUGUUGAUCCUCGUGGGCCUCAUGCUUUCACUAGUACGGUGGAACAGGUUACUGUGGGUCAAGCGAUUUACAAAACUGGCAGUAUGUUCAACCAUUCUUGCCAGCCCAAUAUCAAUGCGUAUUUCCUCUCACGAACUCUUUUUGUACGGACAACAGAGGUUGUUCAAACAGGGUUUCCUUUGGAGUUGUCUUAUGGCCCACAGGUUGGGCAAUGGGACUGUUGUGAUCGUCUUCAGAUUUUAGAAGACAAGUACUCAUUUCGAUGUCGGUGCAGUGGCUGCUCAGAAUUGAAUAUAGCUGAUCUAGUCCUGAAUGCUUUCCAUUGUGCCAAUCCUGAUUGCACCGGUGUCGUGUUAGAUGCCCCUGUGAUAAAAUAUGAAACGGGCAAGCUGACAAGCUCUCACAAGACAUCACGCUUGAAUGGUGGGUCAGAGGUCAAGAAGAUCAAUGUCAAGAGUUUAGUUUGUCUUAAUCUCAUGUCCAACAAUAGCUCUUGUCAUAUCAAACCUGCAUCCUGUUUGAACUGUGGUCAUUACUGCAAUCUUGAUGCUGCACGUGAAGCCGUGGACAAUGCUUUGAGUUGUAUGCAUAGUCUAGAGGAUGCAAUAGCGUCAAAAGAAAUCCCGAGUAUGGUACUAUCAGAUGCUUCAAGGUCCCUUGGUCUUCUGAGAUCAGUACUACAUCCUUAUAACAAACGCAUUGCAGAGGCUGAAGAUAAGCUCGCACAAGGGUUUUGUUGGACUGGAGACCUGCGAUCUUCUAAGGCUUUAUGUUCAUCAUCAAUCAAGAUACUGGAAGUGCUCUACGGCAAUGAUCAUAUAGUCAUCGGAUAUGAACUCAUCAAGCUCGCAACCAUUCAGCUAUCCUUGGACGACCCUGAAGUUGCCAAAACCAUAACCAGGCUCGAAAAGAUAUUUCUCCGUUAUUUCGGGGCUCAUGCAAACUUGGUUUUACCCCAUCUAGAAACCCUGAAGAAAGAAUCGCUACCCCUCCAUAGGCAGUUCAGUUCAGUUGAGAUUUAGUUGACAAAAUUUUCUCUCAUGUUAAACUCAGAGUAGUGGUAUUAGAAGCAUGCACAAUGUAUCAUCUUGUUUCUUAUGUGCUAGCAGGCUAUGUUUGUAAGUCUAGAUAUCAACAAUGUCUUACUUAUAUUGGGAAUUUUGGUUCUGAAUGGCAUUCAUCUUUGUAGCUUCAUGCCUAUCUUUUUUAUUCAACUAUAUAAACAAGAAGAGGGGGUAGUUCUGUCCAAUUCGAAAGCAAAUUAUCCAAUCUAAUCAAUUCAGAUUUUUAGA